UGUCGUCAUAUCCGGGAGGCAGUGCAUACAGGCUGCUGAAUCACACACAGAAGUACAACAUCGUCCCAUUUUUAUUAAAUAUAAACAUGCCAAUAUAAUAAACUGUUGGAACUCAGAGACAGUGCUUUCCGACAGCUUACCAUGGUCCCUACAGACUUUAAAGCCCUAAUCCAGAGGUUUUACCAGCUUCAGUCGGAGCGGGUGGAGACGUAUCAGCUCUUUGACGAAGGACACGAGGCAUACUUGAGGACGGGGCCUCAUUAUGACUUCGACCACUACAGGCAGCUGGUGCAUGAGAUCACUCUGGCCUUCAACGGCAUCUCCAAAGAAGUGCUGGACAUUAAGGAGAAGCUCCACAACGAGUUCGACCGGCCGGCCCUCUCUGAGCACAUGGACAAGCUGCAGAGCAAAGAGAAGCAGAAACUUGAAAUGACAGCCAAGCUGCAGCUGGCCAGGCAGCGGGCCCAGGAUCACCCCGAGGACGAGGACUGUCAGGAACAGAUUCAGGAGAUCAAGCAGGAAAUCAUCAAGAACAAAGAGGCUCUGAGUGAGAUCAUGCAGGACUUUAAGUAUGACUCUGAGGAGUGUGAUUGACAGGCGGCUCCCAGGGGGCGGGGCGACUGACGGAUGCAACUUCCCUCCUCCUCCUCCUCGACUCCACCCUGCCGGCUGCUGCAGGCUCUGUGUGUUUCUAUCUGGGCUCAUGUGUUUGUGUUAAUGCGGCCUCAGCAGAAUAGGACCUUUGUAAAUACUCUAUAAGGUGAAAGAAUUCCUGGAGGCUCAUCCUAUGUCGCCAUCUUUGUUUACUUGAUGAAUUGUAUUAAUUUUUUUUAAAUAAAAAAAGAGAAGUUUGACUUUU